AUGGAAGCAGUGCCUGAGGUUCACCUCACGCUUGGCAUGGCAAUUCUUGCUGGGGGGCAGUUUGGUUUGACGUCGAGCGCUGACGCAGCAGCCAUGGCAAAGGACGUGGCAGCUGAGCUGGCGCAUGCAUGCGCGUCCUCGCAAAGUGGCUCUGGGGCAUGUUCUGUCUGCGAGGACGGGCUGCAGCUGCAAGAUGUGAUCGAGUUCCGCCGGGCCUAUCACAACUUGGCUGUGGAAGGCAAGUCCUUCCUUCUGAGCACCUGCUAUGCUGAAGGUUCAGCUUCCAGCGACUACACUCGUGUGCGCUGGCGCUUCCUGGGGAAGCGCGUUUGCACCCGCAGGCUUCUUAAGCUUCUGGGCACCAGCGCAAGAACUUUCACCAAGGCUGUGCAAGGCAGCAUCGACAAGAGGCAGUUCAAUGGAAGGCAGGCAACGGAAGCCAGCAUGUCAGUGAACCAAUUCUUUUUGGAGGUGUACCACUCAGCUGCUGAGUUUUUGCCAGAAGACCCCUCGUGUCACGUCACCAAUGUGGACGCCAGCAUCAACGCAGAUGAGCUGGAGGGAGCGCCCGCCACUGCCAGCAAGCCAGCCUGUCACCCGACCCUGCCUUUGUUGGGCUGGGACCCGAGCGAAAGCAUGGUUCAAGACCUUGGUGCUGCAGCUCUUGGCAACCCUGAGCCACUGCCCACCAGAUACGUGCAGCACUUGAAGCCCGUGGACCUGUGGUGGCAGUAUCUGGCCUGGGCGCUGGUGCGGUGCCCGCAGAGCAAAACUGCAAGCUGGAGCACCUUUUGGCGAGCCUGGCAGCCUGAUUCAGAGUCCCGAGUCCUGUGCAUCAUCAUCGAUGGCCUCGACAAGAACAAAGGAACAGACGCGAGGUUGCGCGGCAAGAUCUCCGGCGUGAUCUCGGCGUUGCAUUUUUUCGGCGAGGUCUUGUUUUUGCCGAGCGAUCGUCAAGUGUACACGUCCGUGGAGGCUGUAGAGAACUCAGCCCACAAGCUCUCCGCUGUGCAGAGGGACGCGAUCUUGAACUGCAUUCUUCACAGCAGCCACCUUGAGGUCUUGGACAAAUUCAAUCGUCCCCGCAUCACGGUCCACGCAGCGAUGGCGCACGGCUACACCUGUGACUUCUACUUGGCAGACGAUGAGGACUUCUUCCAUGGUGCUUCGUUCUUCUGCGAGGUGCUCACCCGCACCCUGGCCAGAGUUCAGAGGAUUGCAGAGGGCAGAGGGCAGCGCAUGCCGGAACACUUGGUAGUGCAGUCCGACAACACAACUGCACAGGCCAAGAACGCGGAGGUUCCGGAAGAGCUGCGCUUGGCUAUCUUGAGCCUGACCUGCAUGACUGGCAUGUCAGCCAUCGUGGCCGGCAAAGGCUAUGACUUGCACUGCGAACUCAUGUCCCACGUGCGCAACUUCAAGGAGUGGAUGGACCCUAUGUGUGUGCACCCGCAUAACUGCUGGAGAGCACGGCAGGGGAUAGAGAGCCCUCAUUCCUUUACCUUCAAGCUACGCAUGGACUUGACGCAAGCAGAGUUCUCUUGGCUGCAGCAGAGUCCAACAGAUAGGGGGUGGCCCGCGCAUGAGCUGGACGUUUUCGUUGUUGUCAAGCACUACAUGGCAAGCGAGUCUCCGAAUGGCCCACCCGUCCUUCUGAUUCCAAACUCGCGCUACCUUCGCAUGCAGCAGGCUGCCCCUCAAGGCAGCUGCUACGCCACGCACCCCAUGAAUGAAAAGCGCCGGAAGGAGCUGCGGAAACUGGCAGAGGCUUUGGAAACCUUGUCUAACGAGUGGGCCGCCGAACAUUCCUACUUCCGAGCAGCCAGAGAGCUGCGCCUGCUCGCAAAUGGGAGGGACGCACUUCGCUCCACUGAUGGGUUCCUGGAGGCAGCCUCUGCUGACAGGCGUGCGGCGCUGGAGCCUUCUGCCGCAGCCUCAGUAGCGUGCUUUGACAAAUUUACAUGUUGUGAUUGCAUGGCACUUUGCCAAGGACAACCCCUACUUUCGAAAUCUGCCGGGGGUGUCGUGGCAAAUGCUUGUCAAGUUCAACUGAGAGCUGACUGCCAGAGUGCUGACACGCCCAGGAGUGAAAACGGUAAUUGGUGCAUUUUGCGGGAAGGUUUUGCAGGGCAUUGGUUUGAGCCACCGUUUCUUGUGCACUUCAGGCUGAGCGUUAGGAAAUAG